UAUUUUGAUUCUUUACAGCUGAUAAUGGGCGACAGCAAGUUUGUUGUUAAAGGAAGUGGUCGAAAAAAGUUAUGUAGCGUUAUAUACAGUGAUACUAUCCGAUAGAGAAAAGGCCACCAUGAAAGAGAGAUAGGGUGUGUUUUACUGUCAUAAAAACACAACCACUUGCCGCUACGCACGUGAAACGGCAGUUGGAACAUCUUUGUUUACAUCAGAUGCUGUUUUACAGUCCAGGCUGACACCGAGCAGUCAUGAACGACAAUUUCGACCGAGCUCCCGGAGCAGGGAGAGCCCGUAGUUUUCCAGCAGACUCCGGGCUCGUGACCAGCGCUGGGGACGGUGACACCAUGACCCCUCUCUUCAGCCAAAGAGAACCGCUGAGACAGCCGCGAACAACCCCUCCUUUUACCGACAACAGCACUGGCUCGUUCGGCGACAUACCUGAUGGAGAUUGUAGAAGACAAAAUAAACCCCCACAGAGUGCAAAUACCAACAAUACAUCUGCCUCAGGAGAUUAUAAUGAUGUGGAUACCUUGGUCAAGUCCUCAAAGCUUUCAGCUAGUGCUCCAGAGUUUGUCCCCUUGGGAUUUAACCCAUAUGAUGACUCUGCUUAUUACGAUGACAGCGAUGCCUAUUACGGCGAACAGACCCUGGCCGAUAUGGUCACAGAGUUUCUUGCCUUCCUGAGUUCCUCACCAGGCUCCUUUGAGUCAGAUGUUGAAUACAUGACCAGUAAUCUCAAUUCCUGGGUUACUACUGAAGAGUUAUUGAAGGAGCUGGUGGAGCUGAUCUACACACAGUCUACUUCUAUUCCAAACUUCGCUUACACCGGUGCCAGGCUUUGUAACUACCUUUCCCAUCACCUCUCUAUCAACCCGACAAGUGGCAACUUUCGUCAGCUGCUUCUGAAAAGAUGUCAAACAGAGUUUGAACAAAGGAAUGUAGCUGUCCGUGGAGAUCCAGAGACUCAGAAGAAAUUCCACUCCUAUGUGCUAUUUCUGGGAGAGCUGUACCUGCAUCUGGAGAUAAAGAGCUUAAAGGGACCCCCGGCUCGAGCACGUGUUCUCCUCGCUGCUCUGAAAGAGCUGCUGAUCAGUCUGUUCUCCUGUCCUGUGGAUGCAAAUCUCAUCUGCGCUGUCAAACUGCUUAAGUUGACAGGUUCUGUCUUGGAUGAUGCAUGGAAAGAGAGUGGAGAGCAGCACAUGGAAGAACUGAUCAAAAGAAUAGAAGAUAUUUUACUUGAUGCUGCCUGCAGCAGAGAUGUGAGACAGAUGCUUCUUAAACUAGUGGAGCUGAGAUCCAGUGACUGGGGCAGAGUCCAUGCAGCUGCAGCAGCCAGCAAUGCCACACCAGACAACGACCCCAACUACUUCAUGAACGAACCUACCUUCUAUACAGAAGACGGUACCCCCUUCACAGCAGCAGACCCAGAUUAUGCUGAAAAAUACCAAGAGAUCUUGGACAGGCAGGACUAUUUCCAUGACAUUGAUGGUGAAAAUGGAAAUGAAGUAUACGACUUUGAAGACGAGAUGGAGCCUGAGAUAGAAGAAGCUUUUGAGAAUUUUUGUUUAGAAUCAGAGAGGAAGCGACAACAAUGACGUGAGAGUGAAAAAAAAUCCGUGAGUCUGAAGCAGGCAUAUACCGUACUUUUCCCACUCCGUGUGCUGAAGAAAAAAACAAAAAAACAACUACCAUUUGAUAGGCUCAGACUUUUCUUUUACUGCAAGCAUUUUAACAAAAUGAGCUGUUCUUAGUUGCACUAAUGACACUGUUUUCAGUCAGUGUUAAUUAGAAAAAAUUGGGACAAUCGGUGGGAUAACUGUUCAGAAGGUUGUGGAAGACUUCUCUUUGUUCUUUUGAAUAGAUUCCAAAAUUUGCUUUCCUUUAUGCCUAAACUAAAUGCCAAGAGGGAAGUAGUGUGCUGUGGAUUUUCUUUUUUUUUUUGUUAUUUUCUUAAAGGUGGAUGUGUGUUAAUCAGAUGUGUGCAUAAUUUAACUGUUAAUUAAUUCCCCAAUCUAUAGGUAGAUGCCAGAAAUGGAGCAUCUCAGAGAUGAUCAGAGAUGCUUUAUCCUCAUUCUCUGUAAAUGAGUGAGGUGGUUGUUUUAUUACAUACCUACAACCAGCCUUUAUCUCUACUGUUGUGACAUUGUGUCACACUGUCAGUAUUCAACACUAUAUCUUGGGCUGUUCACCUGUUCAUCUGGUUGCAGCUAGCUUAUCUGAAAGCUGUGCAGUUUAGAAAAAGUUGUAUAGCACCUACAUUAAAUACAUAUAUAUAUAUAUAUAUAUAUUUAAAUUCAUACACAAACUGUGAAGUGGACAUUGGUUAAAAAAUUGUAAAAUUCCAUUGGGGUGGAUCAAAGCUAUAUAACUUUAACAUUUUCUGAGAGUGCAAUGCAUCAAAAUCCAACUUAUUUCCUGAAUGUACUUUCAAGUAUGUGCACACAUCUCACAGGUCAGGGUUGCAUAACUCAUCUGCAAAAACAGGCUCGUUGUUAUCCCAAGACUGAAAGACUGUUUACCAGCAAUCUGUGGAGCCCAUAAAAAGGAAUGUUGUUUUAUAGUUUGUAAAUAUUAUUUAUAGCAUUGUUUGCCUGCAAUAAAUUCUUUCUAAUGUGA